UUGGACUCUCAGCAAUUUACCACCAGGUUGCCAUUCUUCGUUAUCUUCUAUUUAUUUGGCCUUACUCUGCAGGUCUGACGAUGUGCGAACAUAUGGCUAUGAAAGGGUCCUAGAGCCCUUGUUGAGGGAUCUUGUCAUUUUGGAAAGUCAAGGUAUUUUUAUUGCACAGCUUGGAGAUUGUGUUAAGGGCACAAUACAGUGUGUCAUAGCUGACAAUUUGGGAGCACAUGGAGUAGCUGGAUUUCUUGAGAGUUUUUCAGGUGGGUACAUUUGCCGUUUUUGUGUGGCACAAAAGUCUGAAAUUCAGGAGAGGGAAGUGAGUUCAGGUGCAUUUACUCUCCGAAGCAAGGAGAUGCAUGAAACGCAUGUCAGAUCAGCACAGGAAAAUCAAAAACAUUGUUAUGGUGUUAAAAGAAGUUGUGUUUUCUCUGCACAUCUUUCUCAUUUCAAUGUCUGUACUGGCUACCCUCCAGAUAUUGCACAUGACAUCUUUGAAGGCAUAUUACCAGUCGAGUUGGCACACUGCCUCAAUUUGUUCAUUUCCAAAAGAUAUUUCACCCUUGAAAAUCUCAAUGAGUCCAUUAAGAAAUUCCCUUACAAGUGGACAGACAAGAGUAACCGUCCUCAUGCUAUUCCCAGGGCAUUCACGGUGAAGAAAACUAUUGGAGGAAAUGCUCACGAAAAUUGGAGUCUUUUGCGAUUGCUUCCAUUUUUGGUUGGACAGUUGGUGCCCCCAGAUGAGCCAGCCUGGCAGGUCGUUUUGGACCUUAAAGAUAUCGUCGAACUAGUUGUUGCACCAGUGCACACGACACAAUCCAUUGCUUUCCUUGAAGCCAAGAUUUGUGACCAUAGACAUAGGUUACAAGAGGUGUUUCCGGGUAUAAAGAUCUUGCCCAAACAUCAUUUUGUGGAACAUUAUCCACAGAUGAUCCGGUCUUUUGGCCCACUAGUUGGGAUGUGGACAAUGAGGUUUGAGGCGAAACACAGUUUUUUUAAGCAGGUAGUCCGCCACACACGCUGCUUUAAAAACAUACUCUUGUCCCUGGCGGUGAAGCAUCAGUUCAUGAUGGCAUAUCAUUUGGAGUCAGUCACAACCGAAAAGUCUAGCCUGACUGUCUCAGCUGUUUCAACGGUCUCUGUUGAUAUUUUGCAUCAGGAUGUACAGAAGGUCCUACAGCUGAGAGACCCUGAUAUUGCUCACAUUCAGCUCACAAAGAAUGCAUCUGUUAAUGGAGUGAACUACAGGGAGGGUAUGGUUAUUGCUCAUGGCUCUGCUGGUGGCUUGCCAGAGUUUGCAGAAGUUAUCCAGAUGGUUGUUGUGGAACAGAGCUUGAGCUUUAUUGUUAAAGAGCUGAGUGCUUGGUAUAGGGAGCAUUUUAGGGCAUUUGAGUUAUGUCCCACGUCACAAGUCUCUCUCAUUCAACUUGGCGCCUUGGUAGACCAGUACCCCUUGGCAGAUUACAGGAUUGGAGGACGGCGAAUGGUGACACUUAAACGAUUCAUACACAUAAAAGAUUGAAGAAUGGCACGACAUCUGAAGUUGAGGGUCAUUGUGGACACGGAUGACUGUAGAAGACUUGAUCUCCAUUCAGGAAUGCCAAAAACUCUGACAGAGUUACACGAUACAAUUUGCCAAGCAUUUGGAAUUGAAAGAGACUUUCGUAUUCAGUUCAUGGAUCCUGACUUCAAUAAUGAUUUCAUGAAUGUUACAUCAGUACAAGACAUACAGGACCGAAGUACGAUCAAGGUGGUGUACAUACUUGAUGAUGUGGGUUCGAGUCCAUCUUCUUCAGUGCAGAAUGCUCCCAGCACUCCUGGAUCAUCUGGAGCACCAGUAAGCAGGCAAACAUCUUCCAGUGUGUCGUCAUUAUCCUCAACAAACUCGGAUAGCACCAUUAUUCUGCCACGUACAGACACUGAACUGAGAACACGUGCAUGGCCACGCAAAUUCCCCAUUCCUCUCUUUCCAUACAAUGUAGAGGUGCAGCUUCGACGUGGAAAUGAGAGCUUCAGAGAAACUGGCACUCGACUGCAGAUCACACCAGGGCUGAAAUCGGACAUCUUGGAGAAGCUAGCCGAGGACAUUUUCCAGUAUACGGCAUAUCCACAAAAUCUCCAAAUAGAGGAGGUAGCAGGGGCACUCGUCCAAAAAUGUCCCUGUUUGAAAGAACCAUCUGCCACUGGUUACUAUGGCUGGAUGAUUAGCCUAAAAUAUAAAAUGGCUAAUUACAGGACAAAGAUGCGAAACCUUGGCUGUCCAGAAGUGACUGUAAAUGCUUUGAAAAACAAAUCAAGUGAUGAAUGCAUCCCAGCCAAAAAUGUAAAGAAACCUAAAAAGGCUGAAGUCAACUAUUGUCCUUCACACCCUGCUGGCGAAACAGAUGAAAGCCUAGAAAAUCUGAGACUUGAACUAUUGAAUGAUGUCAGACAAAGAAGCAAUGCACCGUGUGUAAAACAGAAGAUGUCCAAAACAUUCUCCUACAGAAGAAAAGAGGUGGUGCAGGGAAAUCUAUCUGCUGGAGAGUUCAAAGCCAGGUGGCCUGCACUUUUCCAUAUUGAUGAGAUACAUGCUGAAUUCCAGCGCAUAACAACUAUCCCACUUGAAACGGCCUUCAUGGCGCAGUUGGACAGCCAUCUACCUCAGCUGACAUCUGUCUUCCAGAAGAAGGGAGGAGUUGUUGGCCAGAAACUAGCCAAACAUCUGGCGAUUUUGCAAAAGGUAAAUGCAACAAGUGAUGUUAACCUUAAAAGGGAAGCAAUCCUCAAGGCACUUUGCAUCCACCUUGGUGAGGAUGAUGGACAUCUCAUUCGGGAGUAUAUGGACAUCGGAGGAGAUGACAUCACCAGAGACCUGCAGAAAUCUACCAUGGGCGUAUACGUCAUCAACAAGGAUGGUGGAGAACCUGGACAUUAUGACGACGUUGGGAUUUUUGUUGAAGGACUAAUCAUUCUGGACAACAUUGGAUCUGUAGCCCGAGCUUGUGCCAUCAUGCUGGGAGUCAUCUAUACACUGAACAUGGCUUACCCCAAAGAGCUAAGGUACUACUAUGAAUUCAUUCAGAAAGUGCUCUUGCAAAUGGAUGGUGAAAGGCUUUCCCCCAAAGUCCUUGGACUGAAGAACAAGAUACAUGCUGGACUGUAGGAUUUCUUCAGCCGCUCUUGUGAACCGAUGCCACUAAAGCAUUACAAAAACACCAGUCAAACCUCAAAGGUUGGGAGAAGAAUGUGGAAAUGUUGAUGGACUUAGAAGACAUGUAUUAAUGUGUGGAAGGUUAUAUUCUCCUCAGCUGUUUAAGUCACAUGCUUCAUGUUACGUCAGGAUUUAUUCUCUGUCUGUUUCCACUGCACUUUGUUGCAUUUCGUUUUUAUCAAAACGGCAACUUUUUCUACCUUAGCCAAGCGUAAAACAUUUUAUUUUUUAUAUUGGCAAUUUACAUCUAGUUCUGGAGAAGAAUGUAAAAAUAUUACAUGUAUUAAUGUGUAGGUUAUAUUCUCCUCAGCUGUGUAAGUCACAUGCUUCAUGUUACGUCAGGAUUUAUUCUCUGUCUGUUUCCACUGCACUUUGUUGCUGUCAUGGCCUCCACCUCUGCCUAGUCUGUCUCUCCCCAUGCGUGUGUGUGUCCACAAUCCAAUCACCUCUGCUAUAAGACUCCGGCCCUGACUCCUCCACUUCGCCAUAUCGUAGACUCUGUAACCACAGUCAGUCACGUCUCCUGUGCCUGCAGCUUCAAGCCAGCCUGACUCCUAUCCUGUCUCCAGACCACCUCCAACGUUGGACCCUGUCCCGCUCCUCCAGGCUCUUCUCCCUGCACUCUCCAACCUGGUCAGACCUCCGUUCCCUUGGACUCCGUCUAGCUUCCCUGGCUCAGACCCCCCUGCCCAGUAAUAUUCAAUAAACGUUAUUAUUGUGUUUGAAACUCCUGCCUCCUGUCUCUGCUCAGCUCCUGGGUUCCCUGCUAGCCUUAACAGUGGCCAGAUUGUACUGUUAAGGCUAACAGGGAACCCAGGAGCAGAGAGUUUCAAGCAAAAUAAUAACGUUUAUUGAAUAUUACUGGGCAGUAGGCAGGGGGGUCUGGGCCAGGGAAGCUAGACUGAGUCCAAGGGAGAGGGGAACGGAGGUCUGACCAAGUUGGAGAGU